AUGUACAUUACAGAUGAAGCUCUAACUUGCAACGUGUGCGACAGAUCAUUUCCAACGCGUCGCCUUCUUGGAGAUCAUCAACAAAAGAAACGACAUUUCGGGGAAGUCGACAGUGAGACAAAUCCGUCAGUCAAAAAAAAAGCGUUGAAAACAAACCGAUGCAGCGCUUGUGAUAGCCUGUUCCCCUCACUGAUGGCACUAGAGCACCACAAGGAGGAGUUCCAGCACUGGAGCGACUCUUCGUACUGCUCACAUUCGGAAUCUGACGACAGUGACCUCGAGACCUGUCACGAGGACAAGCAUAGACUACUCUAA